AUGCGGCUCAUGGAUCACAUAGGCCUUGGAUUGAUCGCUAUCUGGCUGCUAUCCCCAGUGGGCGGUCGAUCCUCCUUUCGACAGAUAAGCGUUGGUCCAACGAGCGUUGUCGAGGAUGUGGUAUUUUCCCAUGUCGUUCCUAACUCUAACGUCUGGACACCCGACAUCCCCAUCUCCAAGAUACAAACGGAUAGUCUCUACGUAGCUGGCAUCAUGACGCCGGAAGCAAGGGGAUAUUCACGUGAUGCUUGGGGUCACAUUAAAGUACCUAGGAUCGAAUACUACGAGGGUACAUCAACUCCUGAAGACGAAGGCUGGUACAAGACGGCAAAAUUUACUCUGGACUUGGACUCUUACUCUUCCUUCAUUGGUAUUACUAUAGGCGGCAUCGAUUCGGCGGACUUUUUCGACUAUUUUACCACAGUGCAGGUGAUGUACUUCAGUCUGAUGUGCGACCCGUACCUUGGGCAAUCUCGAUUCGUGUUCAAUCAGUCAACGUGGAUAGGACAUGUAUUCUGGAACAACUACACCACAGCAACCGCCGAACCACCCCCUCAAGAUCUCAAUCCCUUUACCUUCGUCGUCAAGAGAGGAGAAUUUCCCUUUUUGAAUUGUACGGCCAAGACAGUAUACGUCGAAGUGGGAGUUACCUGCCCUACAUACACCACCUGCUCUGCCUCUCGCGUUAGACGCUCUCGCCACGAACAUCCACCGACCGACCGCACUCGUCUAGGAUGGUUCCUUGGUAUCGGGCCUGGGAGUCCAUUGUCGGUCAACAUGUCCAAACCCGUCGGAUCUGAUGAUUAUGCUAGUCAAAAGAACGAACCGGCGAUUAAUCUCUACUCUAGGAGUUGGAUCGGCACCCCAAAAAAUUACAUGGCAACAGCGCCUGCGAACGCUUCCGAAAUGUCUUAUGAGAAGUUGUCGAUACGUCUUAGUCAAACACUGAAUGCGUAUUGGUCAACCAUGUACUGCAAAAACUCGCUUGUGCGCCGUUUCAACGAGACAACGCUUCCGCCCGAUGAUAAGAGGAUCUGGUCUUACCAAGAAGAGAGCUAUCAGGGCGAGCCGUCCAGGGAAACCUACUUAUUCGCAGAAACGUGGCCAAGCACGGGCACAAAACGAAGUAAUGUAGCAGUCUUCCAAGCACAUUACGGCUGGGUCGUUGCGCUCAUCGUGUCCUCGGUUGUCCUCAUCACAGCGAGUUUGAUCCCAUUUUAUGUCCGGACUUGGCUGUCGCACGGCCCGGAUGUACUUAUGAAUGUUUCUAGUUUGGCGGUAAGGGAUAAUCCAUAUGUGGCGCUGCCGACAACGGGAACGUAUCUCGACGCGGCGGAUCGGUCGCGGUAUCUGAGGCAUCUGCAGGUGAGGUUUGGUGAGGUUGGAGGGCAAGUCGGGAUAGGGAAGUUGGUAAUUGGAAGGGCGGAUGGGGAUGUUAGGGUGUUGAGAAGAGGGGGGAAGUAUAUGUAG